UUCUGCGGACGUCGGCUCAUUUCCGCUUCGUUGAUCCCUUCGGAAAUGGCUGCGGUCGUCGCAGAGCUUUGAGGGGAAUCGGGCAGAACGACGAGGUGUCGGUUCGCGGUUGGUCGGAGCCGCCAUGGGACGGGAGUCCAGAUCAACAAAGCAACAGUUGUCCAAACAAAAACAGCAUUAUCGGAAGCGCUCUUCUUCACGUGGGCGCUCUGGUAGCCGUUCUCGGAGUCGUUCUCCAUCUGACAAAAGAGUGAAACGCAAUGAUGAUAGACGUUCUAGGAGUAGGGAAAGAGAUCGCAGACGUGAGAGAUCACGGAGUAGAGAUAAGAGAAGAUCUCGUUCACGUGACAGAAAGCGUGUGAGGCGCUCAAGAAGUAGAGAGAGAGAACGGAGUAGAGAGAGAAGACGUUCACGUAGUCGAGAGAGAAGAAGGUCUAGAAGCCGAAGCAGAGGAAGACGGUCCAGAUCUUCCAGUCCUGGCAAGAACAAAAAAGUAGAAAACAGGUCGCGAUCUAAAGAAAAGGCAGAAGGUGUGGAAGUUAACAAAGAAAAGAAAAAAGAAAAAGAGGACAAAGAAGAAGAAAAGGAUAAAGAUGUAAAUAAUUUUGAUCAGAACAAACUAGAAGAGGAAAUGAGAAAACGAAAAGAGAGAGUUGAGAAAUGGAGAGAAGAACAACGCAAGAAGGCCAUGGAAAAUAUAGGAGAACUGAAGAAAGAAAUUGAGGAGAUGAAGCAGGGGAAAAAAUGGAGUUUGGAAGAUGAUGAUGAUGAUGAUGAAGAAACUGCAGAAGGAGAGAAGGAAGGCAAUGAAAUUGAAGACGAAGAACUGGAUCCAUUAGAUGCAUACAUGGAAGAAGUGAAAGAAGAAGUCAAGAAGUUUAAUAUGCGAAGUGUAAAAGGUGGUGGUGGUGGUGCAAAUGAAAAGAAAUCUGGCCCAACAGUUACUAAAGUAGUAACUGUGGUGAAAACCAAGAAGGCCUCUCCAGAGACAGAAAAGAAAAAAGGGGAGCUCAUGGUGAACGACCAAGAUGCAAUGGAGUAUUCCUCUGAAGAAGAGGAAGUUGAUCUUCAGACUGCACUGACAGGCUACCAGACCAAACAUAGGAAAUUGCUGGAACCAGUGGAUCAUGGGAAGAUUGAAUAUGAGCCCUACAGGAAAAACUUCUAUGUUGAAGUUCCUGAGUUAGCUAAAAUGACUCAAGAAGAGGUGAAUACCUAUAGGUCAGAAAUGGAAGGAAUUACAGUCAAAGGUAAAGGAUGUCCGAAGCCAAUCAAAACCUGGGUGCAGUGUGGUAUUUCUAUGAAAAUCUUGAAUUCCCUGAAAAAACAUGGCUAUGAAAAGCCCACCCCUAUCCAGGCCCAAGCUAUACCUGCAAUUAUGAGUGGACGUGAUUUAAUUGGCAUUGCUAAAACAGGAAGUGGAAAGACUAUUGCUUUUCUGUUGCCAAUGUUCAGACACAUUAUGGAUCAGAGAUCAUUAGAAGAAGGAGAAGGUCCAAUAGCUGUUAUCAUGACUCCUACCCGAGAACUAGCUUUACAGAUUACAAAGGAGUGUAAGAAGUUCUCAAAAACUCUUGGGGUUAGAGUUGUGUGUGUAUAUGGAGGAACAGGAAUAAGUGAACAGAUUGCUGAGCUGAAAAGGGGUGCUGAAAUAAUUGUUUGCACACCGGGCCGUAUGAUUGAUAUGUUAGCAGCUAAUAAUGGUCGAGUGACAAAUCUUCGGAGAGUGACAUAUGUUGUCCUUGAUGAAGCUGAUAGAAUGUUUGAUAUGGGCUUUGAGCCUCAGGUUAUGCGCAUUGUAGACAAUGUAAGACCUGAUCGUCAGACUGUUAUGUUCUCAGCUACUUUUCCUAGAGCCAUGGAGGCUUUAGCUCGUCGGAUAUUAAGUAAACCAAUUGAGGUCCAGGUUGGUGGCAGGAGUGUUGUUUGCUCUGAUGUGGAACAGCAUGUGAUUGUCAUAGAGGAAGAGAACAAGUUCUUGAAGUUACUUGAAUUACUAGGACAUUAUCAGGAAAAAGGAUCAGUCAUUAUAUUUGUAGAUAAGCAAGAACAUGCUGAUGGAUUACUGAAAGACUUAAUGAGAGCUUCAUAUCCAUGCCUGUCACUUCAUGGAGGUAUUGACCAGUAUGACAGAGACAGCAUAAUCAAUGACUUUAAGAGUGGAGUAUGCAAACUUCUUGUGGCUACAUCUGUAGCAGCCCGAGGUCUAGAUGUAAAACAUCUUACACUUGUAAUCAAUUACAGCUGCCCCAAUCAUUAUGAGGAUUAUGUGCACAGGGCUGGCAGAACUGGGCGAGCAGGCAACAAAGGAUAUGCAUACACUUUCAUAACUGAAGAUCAAGUACGGUAUGCUGGAGAUAUAAUUAAAGCUUUGGAGUUGUCAGGUACUGCAGUUCCUGCUGAGCUAGAGAAGCUGUGGAAUGAUUUCAAAGAUCAACAAAAGGCUGAAGGGAAGAUAAUUAAGAAGAGCAGUGGAUUCUCUGGUAAAGGAUUUAAGUUUGAUGAAACAGAGGAGGCUUUGGCUAAUGAACGCAAGAAACUGCAGAAAGCUGCACUUGGUUUGCAGGAUUCAGAUGAUGAAGAUACAGCAGUUGAUAUUGAUGAACAGAUUGAAAGCAUGUUCAAUUCAAAGAAAAGAGUGAAAGACAUGGCAUCCUCUGGUGGGACAUCUAAUGUUCCUACUCCAACUGCAGGCAAUGCAGAAAAAUUAGAGAUUGCUAAAAGAUUGGCAUUGAGAAUUAAUGCACAGAAGAAUCUUGGAGCCGAGGCACAAGUAUUGGUCUCUUUUCAAUUUAAGGAUGUGAUGCAGCAAGCUACAAAUGCUAUCCUCAGAGGUGGCACUAUUCAGGCUCCAACUGUAUCUGCCAAGACGAUUGCGGAGCAGUUGGCAGAGAAGAUCAAUGCCAAGCUCAAUUAUGUGCCCAUAGAGAAACAAGAGGAAGAGAAACAGGAGGGGGGACAAAAUGAAUCUUUUAAGAGAUACGAGGAAGAACUGGAGAUCAAUGACUUUCCACAGACUGCAAGGUGGAAAGUAACGUCAAAGGAGGCAUUGCAUAGAAUAAGUGAAUAUUCUGAAGCUGCAAUUACAAUCAGAGGAACUUACUUUCCUCCAGGCAAAGAGCCCAAAGAGGGAGAGCGGAAAAUUUACCUGGCUAUUGAGAGUGCCAAUGAAUUGGCUGUGCAGAAAGCUAAGGCAGAAAUCACUCGACUUAUCAAAGAAGAGCUCAUCAGACUGCAAAAUUCGUACCAGCCCACCAACAAAGGAAGAUACAAAGUUUUAUAAUAUUUGGAGUAAAUCUGUCUUUUUUUUCUUUGUGGACCUUCGGUAUUUCUGUUGACCUUUGCUAUUUACACUGCUCAUUUGUAAAUUAUGCUUUUUUAAAGAAAAGUAAUGUCAUGCUGAAGUUUUUAGAAGAUCAAUAUUGCUUUUUUGAAAGGAUUGUUUUCUGCAACAAUUUCAGGAGGGCAUAUUUAAACUUUUUUGAUUUGUAUGUUUUCCACUUUCAUCAUCCUGAAUAAAAUUAGUCAUAAGUGUCCUGAAAGAAUAUAGUAUAUCCUCAGUUUGAAAAACCUUAAUCAGGGAUUUGCAGUCACAAUACUUCUAUACUCACAUUUUCAAGAAAUGGAAAAAAUGCUUCUAAAUGAAAGCCACAUUUUUCUCCUUCAUUUGUUAGAAUAAAAAUCCUAGAGAUCAUUAAGAGUUUUAUGAUCUUGAAUUGUACAAAUGGAGUGUAGAAACCUGGAGGAAUAAAAUUCUUAAUAGACUUUGAUGCAUAUGGAUAAUAAUAAAAUGUCAUGCCUGUAUAUUUUUCUGCAAAAUGAGAAAUUCAUGUAGCUUUCUAAGAAUGUCUGAUUUUAGGAUUUAAUCAAUAAUUUGUUAUUAUUUAAUGUGAGAAAUUUAUCUUCCACAAUAUGAAUACCAUUUUCAUCAGGGAAGUAAAGUAAGUGAAGCUCAUAGUGUGUGUACUUUUUAGUUUUUUCCUCAAGACCUUUUGUUCCGCAUACAUAUAUUCAAAAAUAAUUAGUUGGUUAAGAUCUCCAUAGUUGACAGUGGCUGUUCAGUUGGAGUAUGGAGUCGUGUUUGGCAUUCUUGUUCCUGGUACACUGAUAGAGCAGUUCCAUUUGAUCUGAUUUUCUAGUUGCAUCUUCUGAUUUUCACCCUGAAAAUUUAAUGGACAGCUUCUCUCACAUUUAUGGAGUUUUACUUUCAAUAAUGUUUCAUAACUGAUCGUAUCUAUAUUAAAAUAGUGGCAAUAAUAAUUGGAAUGGAAGGUUUGUCUUGGAAGAGACUUUGGAAGGGUUUGAUAUUUUGAGCCCAAAGCUAGUUUUAAAAUGUGUAUUUAUCUAAAUAUGUUGGGCACUAAGUUAAAUAAACCUAUGGAACAUUUAUGUUGAAGAAGAAGGAAAGUUUGUUUUGGAAGAAGCAUCAUUUUUUAAAGCUCCAGUGAGCUUAAAAAUGCCAGCAGGGCUAAAGGUAAGGAAACUCCAUUUUAUCUCUUUCCCCUAUUCAACCUUUAUGAGUUACGUAUUUUCUUAUUUUUCUUCUGUGCUAUCUCUUCUAGUGAGAGAACUAAAUAUGCCUGCACCAGCACUGGUGUAUUUUCCCCAGAAUCUAGUGUUUGCCCUUGGAAUGAAGGACCUUUGUUUCCAACAGAUCCAAAGUCUUACCCAACCAAUCAUUAAAGUGUUUACUUGCCUUUUCUUCCUUAUUGCUCUUAACCCAUUUGUUUUCCGAAGCAUGAAUUGCAUUUGUGGACACAUUUACUAAUGGUUCUGUGCUAGUUUUUCUAUUUUGCCUAAUGGUAUAUUGUCAUGUGGUGUAAGUCUAACUGUUUUUGAAGUCUGAAAUUAUUUUUAAAGUGCUGUAAAAAACAUUAAAGGGGGCAGGACAUGGUU